GCAUUACUCAUACUCAGCGGACAAAGGAUCCAAUCUCACCGCUUGGAAACAUUACAGAGGGAAAACGACACCCAGAAGUAGGAGUGAGAUUCGCUGAAGUUCCGUUCGGAGAAAGACUCACCCCUCGGCCUGGACAGCCAGGGCUGGCAGUGCCUGAGGACCCCCUCAGCCUGGGCAGCCCAUGCCGGGGUUUGGGGGCCUGGCUCUGCUCUCGCUCUGCUCUCACCGGGCAGCCCAGGGUUCCCCAAGCGGCGGCUGAAAUUCGAAUGGCCAGCAGGUGGCGCACUCGGAGGCGGCCGCCCCGCACGAGGCGGUUCGGAGGCCUCUGGAGUCCGCGGAGGGAGGUUUAUUCUCCGCCCGCAUGAGGCCGUGGAGGCUGUGAAAUCCGCAACCACGGGCAACGGAGGCGGCCUGCUGGGCAAGAGGCCACCAACACCUGGCCGGCAGCCCUGCUCAGGCAUUCGGCAGGUCCAGCAGAGGUACACCUCCUGCAGCUGGGUUCCAAGUGCACCUCCAGCCUGAUGGGCCUGACCAAGGAGGCUUCCAGGACCACAGAAGGGGCUGCAACCCAGGUACCCAGAGAGUGAGCGUCUCCACGCAGGACAGUGCACGGCGGCUGACACCUGCAGGGACGCCCGCCGGACGAGCACGCGGAGGACCCUGGCCUCCACAGACGUGCCAUGCCAGCGUGCGGAGCAUCUGUUCCUCCCACUCUCUGCAGUUCACAAACCCAACCCAAACCACCACAGGUGCUCCUCGGGAGUUUCCUGUCUAACAAAUGCUGGGCUCACUUCAGGGAGAAUCACGCUUCUUUCUAAAGAUGGAUUCGCUGUUUAAAACAGAGCUCUGGGAGCCUUUUGGCAAAUCUUGAAAGCUGCACGGUGCAGAGACAUGGAUGUGACUUCCCAAGCCUGGGGCAUGGGCCUGGAGAUGUACCCGGGCACCAUGCAGCCUGCAGCCCCCAACACCACCUCCCCCGAGCUCAACCUGUCCCACCCGCUCCUGGGCGCUGCCGUGGUGAACGGGACAGGCGAGCUCUCAGAGCACCAGCAGUACGUGAUCGGCCUGUUCCUCUCGUGCCUCUACACCAUCUUCCUCUUCCCCAUCGGCUUUGUGGGCAACAUCCUGAUCCUGGUGGUGAACAUCAGCUUCCGGGAGAAGAUGACCAUCCCCGACCUGUACUUCAUCAACCUGGCGGUGGCGGACCUCAUCCUGGUGGCCGACUCCCUCAUUGAGGUGUUCAACCUGCACGAGCAGUACUAUGACAUCGCCGUGCUGUGCACCUUCAUGUCGCUGUUCCUGCAGGUCAACAUGUACAGCAGCGUCUUCUUCCUCACCUGGAUGAGCUUCGACCGCUACAUCGCCCUGGCCAGGGCCAUGCGCUGCAGCCUGUUCCGCACCAAGCACCACGCCCGGCUGAGCUGUGGCCUCAUCUGGAUGGCAUCUGUGUCAGCCACGCUGGUGCCCUUCACCGCCGUGCACCUGCAGCACACCGACGAGGCCUGCUUCUGCUUCGCAGACGUCCGGGAGGUGCAGUGGCUCGAGGUCACGCUGGGCUUCAUUGUGCCCUUCGCCAUCAUCGGCCUGUGCUACUCCCUCAUUGUCCGGGUGCUGGUCAGGGCACACCGGCACCGCGGUCUGCGGCCCCGGCGGCAGAAGGCACUCCGCAUGAUCCUCGCGGUGGUGCUGGUCUUCUUCGUCUGCUGGCUGCCGGAGAACGUCUUCAUCAGCGUGCACCUCCUGCAGCGGACGCAGCCCGGGGCCGCUCCCUGCAAGCAGUCUUUUCGCCAUGCCCACCCGCUCACCGGCCACAUUGUCAACCUCGCGGCCUUCUCCAACAGCUGCCUCAACCCCCUCAUCUACAGCUUUCUCGGGGAGACCUUCAGGGAAAAGCUGAGGCUGUACAUUGAGCAGAAAACAAACCUGCCGGCCCUGAACCGCUUCUGCCACGCCGCCCUGAAGGCCGUCAUUCCAGACAGCACCGAGCAGUCGGACGUGAGGUUCAGCAGUGCCGUGUAGACGGCCUCGGCUGCACAGGCCCCGCCGGCGUGUGACUCGGGAGCUGCACGCACCUGGGUGGACACAAGGCACGGCCAUGUCAUGUCUCUAGACCGCUGUCAGACGUGGCUCCGGCUCCUCGGGGCCUCGCGAGAGUCACACUUGCCUGGUCACCCUGGGGCUGCUAAGGAAACCUCACGACUGGUCCUCCUUGACUCUGCACUCCUCACUCCUCACACAGAAUUGCUACAAUCCCAAAACGCUCGCCCCGCAGGGUCCAAAGGUCAGCGCUGACCAGCCUGUCGCCAUGGUCCUCCCCAUACACCCUGCCUGGCGC